UCUGGGAGAGGCUGUUGAUAUUUAUCCUAAAUAGCAGUAACGACAGAAAAAAAUAAAUAUAAAGUGUGACGACGUCAAAGUGGGAGGCGUUUAUCUGAGACUGUGCAUUUGAAUAAAAGCAUUCAGUGCAGGCUUCUCGCGACUGAGACGAACCAUGUCUUGUUUACACAACUUUGGUCGGAUCAUCCUUAUAACAUUAAACGUUAUUUUCGUCAUCACUGGAAUUGGUAUUUUGGGCUUGUGUAUAUUUUUGAAAGUAGACCAAACCAGCAAAAUUAUUCAAGAUGUAAUUGAAGAACAUGCCGAUGCCAAAAACUUCAGCCACUCUAUCAUAGUACUGGUAGUUUUGGGUGCUGCAAUCUUGUUGAUAAGUUCCCUAGGAUGUUGUGCUGCAAUCUUCGAAAAUCGCUGCUUGCUAGGAAUGUAUAUUUUCCUGUUGAGUGCUAUUACUGUCGCUGAAAUUGGAGCUGGUAUUUUUGUGGCAGUUGUGAAAAACAAGAUCCGGAGUCAUAUUUCAGAAGCGGCCCAUGAAGUGAUCCGAGAGAAAUAUAGCAAAAAUAAAGAAGUUACUCAUACCAUCGAUAUUCUUCAAGAGAAGUUGAAAUGCUGUGGAGCCAAUAAUUUUACUGACUAUUCCGUUUUGAAGCUCACUGUUGGUAAAGUCCCAUAUUCUUGCUGCGUUCUUAAAAGUGACGGUGAUAAUCCUGAGCCACAGAAUAAGACUGAAUGUGAGUUAGAAGCUGAAAAUCCCUUUUUGCACGAUGCAAAGUAUCUGCAUACAAAGGGUUGUGUUGAUACUUUGGAAGUACUGGUGAAGAAAUACAGUUCUAUUAUACUUGGUGUUGCCCUUGGUAUUGCUGCAUUCGAGGUAUUUUUAAUAUUUUUGGCAUGUUGCAUCUGUCGCGAGAACAAUGAUGAAGAUAGAAUUGGUUUAAUUCACUGAGUUUCUAAGUCGUCUUUUUGAACUUAUUGUUCAACCUACUGAUUUCAUGCCUUUCUGGAGACGCGGAUUCAUUUUCUUUACCCACCUCAUAUAUAUAUAAAAUAAAAUGACUGAAGAUCAACAGAAACAUUUCAAUAAAAUUUUUCAGUAAUUUUUCAAUAACAUUAUACAAUUAAGAUGGUUGUUUUGUAAAUUUCAUCAAAAUAAAGCUUUUUUUUCUCUCCCACA